GCUGGGGCGUCAGAGGGGCGGCGGAGAGGCUCGGCGCGGGAGAGGGAGUCCCGGCAGGGGGUCCCGCGCGGAGGAGGAGGCGGGCACUGAAGGGCGGGGCGGGGAGGGGCGGCCGUCUCGGCCCUCCCUUGCGGGGCCCCGCGGCCUGGGAGCCCGAGCGGGCCGAGCCGCCACCGCGGCCGGAGCUGUCCCCCAGCCAGACCCGGCGAGACGCUAGCGGCGGGAGGGAGGCGGCGGCGCGCCUGGUCCCGUCCGCCCGAGCCUCGGACGCGGCCCCGCGCCGAGCCAUGGAGCCUGAACCAGUGGAGGACUGUGUGCAGAGCACACUUGCUGCCCUGUACCCACCCUUUGAGGCGACGGCCCCAACACUGUUGGGCCAGGUGUUCCAGGUGGUGGAGAGGACUUAUCGGGAAGAUGCACUGAGGUACACGCUGGACUUCCUGGUGCCCGCCAAGCAUCUGCUUGCCAAGGUCCAGCAGGAGGCCUGUGCCCAGUACAGUGGUUUCCUCUUCUUCCAUGAGGGCUGGCCCCUCUGCCUGCACGAGCAGGUGGUGGUGCAGCUAGCAGCCCUGCCCUGGCAGCUGCUGCGCCCGGGGGACUUCUACCUGCAAGUGGUGCCCUCAGCAGCCCAAGCACCCCGCCUGGCACUCAAGUGCCUUGCCCCAGGGGGUGGGCGGGUACAGGAGCUGCCUGUGCCCAAUGAGGCCUGUGCCUACCUGUUCACACCUGAGUGGCUACAAGGCAUCAAUAAGGACCGGCCGACAGGUCGCCUCAGCACGUGCCUACUGUCUGCGCCCUCUGGGAUUCAGCGGCUGCCUUGGGCUGAGCUCAUCUGCCCACGAUUUGUGCAUAAAGGGGGCCUCAUGGUUGGACAUCGGCCAAGCACACUGCCCCCAGAACUGCCCUCUGGACCCCCAGGGCUCCCCAGCCCUCCACUCCCUGAGGAGGCCCUGGGCACCCGGAGUCCUGGGGAUGGGCACAAUGCCCCUGCUGAAGGACCUGAGGGCGAGUAUGUGGAGCUGCUGGAGGUGACACUGCCUGUGAUGGGGAGCCCCACAGAUGCUGAGGGUUCCUCAGGCCUCUCCAGGACCCGGACGGUACCUACUCGAAAGGCUGCUGGAGGAAAGGGACGGCACCGGAGACACCGGGCGUGGAUGCACCAGAAGGGUCUGGGGCAUCGGGACAAGGAUGGGACACGCCCACCCGGUGAGGGGAGCAGCACCGGAGCCUCCCCUGGGUCUCCCCCAGGAGCUGAGGCACUUCCAGAGGCAGCAGCCCUGGAGGUAUCUGAGCCCCCAGCAGAGGCGCUGGGGGAAGCCUCUGAAUCUUGCCCUCUGAGGCCAGGGGAGGUUGGGGGAGGAGCUGGCCAGGGGGCUGAAGGACCACCUGGCACUCCUCGGAGAACAGGCAAAGGAAACAGGAGAAAGAAGCGAGCUGCAGGCAGAGGGGCUCUUAGCCGCGGAGGGGACAGUACCCCGCUGAGUCCUGAGGACAAAGAAGAGACCAGCCAUCAGGAAGCCCUUGUCAAUCUGCCCCCGCCAAAUGAGCCCCAGCUUCCAGGACGCAACCCGUCUAAGGAGGAGCAUGAAGGCUUGGGGAAGCCAGAAUCUGACCCGAAAGAUGAGCUCAAACCAGCAGGUGAAAAAGAGCCUUGGCCCCCAGAAGCCUGUGGGCCUAUAGAAGAGAGGGCCAGAGAGAGAGAGCAGGAGGGGCCAAGCCUGGUGUCCAUGGCAGGACCCACAGGUCCAGAAGAGCUCCUGUCCGACCCCCCAACACCACCCCUGGAGACUGUGCAGGAAGUAAAAGAGGACAGCGUCUCAGAAGAGGCCCCUGCAGUCUCCAUCUCUGAUGACCCUGAUGUAGCUUGGGACUUGAUGGCAUCUGGAUUCCUCGUCCUGACUGGAGGGGUGGACCAGAGUGGGAGAGCUCUGCUGACCAUUACCCCACCGUGCCCUCCUGAGGAGCCCCCACCCUCCCGAGACAUGCUGAGCACUGCUCUUCAUUACCUCCACUCACUGCUCAGGCCUGAUCUACAGAUAUUGGGGCUGUCCAUCCUGCUGGACCUUCGCAAGGCACCCCCACUGCCUCCAGCACUCAUUCCUGUCCUAAGUCAACUUCAGGACUUGGGAGACCCUCCCCUCAUUCAGCGGCUGCUGCUUCUCACCUAUGAUGACCCUCCAGCUGAACUCCAUGGAUUUCAGGGUGCUGAGUUGCUGUCAGAGAAUGAUCUGAAAAGAGUGGCCAAGCCAGAGGAGCUGCAGUGGGACUUGGGAGGCCACAGGGAGCCCUCUCCCAGCCACUGGGUAGAAACACACCAGGAAGUGGCAAGGUUGUGCCGCCUGUGCCGAGGUGUGCUGGGCUCUGUACGGCAAGCCAUUGAGGAGCUGGAGGGACCACCUGAGCCAGAGGGAGAGGAGACAGUAGGAAUGCCUGAGCCCCUACAGAAGGUGCUGGCAGAUCCCCGACUGACAGAGCUGCAGAGGGACGGAGGAGCCAUCCUAAUGAGGCUGCGCUCCACCCACAGCAGCAAGCUGGAGGGCCCAGGCCCAGCUACACUGUAUCAAGAGGUGGAUGAAGCCAUCCACCAGCUUGUGCGCCUCUCCAACCUGCACGUGCAACAGCAGGAGCAGCGGCAGCGCCUGCACAGGCUCCAGCAGGUGCUGCAGUGGGUCUCGGGCCCAGGGGAGGAACAGCUGGCGAGCUUCGCUGUGCCCGGGGACUCCCUGUCUGCCCUGCAGGAGACAGAGCUACGAUUCCGAGCUUUCAGCACUGAGGUUCAGGAGCGCCUGGCCCAGGCGCGGGAGGCCCUGGCCCUAGAGGAGAACGCAGCCUCCCAGAAGGUUCUGGAUAUCUUUGAACAGCGGCUGGAGCAGGUGGAGAGUGGCCUCCAUCGGGCCCUGCGCCUACAGCGCUUCUUCCAGCAGGCACAUGAAUGGGUGGAUGAAGGUUCUGCACGGUUGGCAGGAGCAGGGCCAGGUCGGGAGGCAGUGCUGGCAGCGCUGGCCCUGCGGCGGGCCCCAGAGCCCAGUGCCGGCACCUUCCAGGAGAUGCGGGCCCUGGCCCUGGACCUGGGCAGCCCAGCAGCCCUGCGGGAAUGGGGCCGCUGCCGGGCCCGCUGCCAAGAGCUGGAGAGGAGGAUCCAGCAACAGCUGGGAGAGGAGGCGAGUCCACGGGGCCACCGGCGACGAAGGGCAGACAGCGCUAGCAGCGGAGGGACCCAGCGGGGCUCCCACAGCCCUUCACCCAGCCUCAGCUCCCUGCUGCUCCCCGGCAGCCCUGGACCACGGACAGCCCCAUCCCACUGCUCCCUGGCCCCCUGUGGGGAGGACUGUGAGGAGGAGGGCCCUGAGCUGGCUCCAGAAGCAGAGGGCAGGCUGCCGAGGACCGUGCUCAUCCGAGGCCUGGAGGUCACCAGUACUGAGGUGGUAGACAGGACGUGCUCACCCCGGGAACACGUGCUGCUGGGCCGGGCCGGGGGGCCAGACGGGCCCUGGGGAGUAGGCACCCCCCGGAUGGAACGCAAGCGAAGCAUCAGUGCUCAGCAGCGCCUGGUGUCCGAGCUGAUUGCCUGUGAGCAGGAGUACGUGGCUGCCUUGAGUGAACCAGUGCCACCCCCUGGGCCUGAGCUGACCCCUGAACUGCGGGGCACCUGGGCCGCUGCCCUGAGUGCCCGGGAGAGGCUUCGCAGCUUCCAUCGGACCCACUUUCUGCGGGAGCUUCAGGGUUGUGCCACUCACCCCCUGCGCAUUGGGGCCUGCUUCCUUCGCCAUGGGGACCAGUUCAGCCUUUACGCCCAGUAUGUGAAGCACCGACACAAACUGGAGAAUGGUCUGGCUGCACUCGGCCCCCCGACCAAGGGCUCCUCGGAGGGUGGCCCUCACCUGCCCCGGGCCCUGCAGCAGCCUCUGGAGCAGCUGGCCCGGUAUGGGCGGCUCCUGGAGGAGCUCCUAAGGGAAGCUGGGCCUGAACUGAGUUCUGAGCGCCAGGCCCUUGGGGCCGCUGUGCAGCUGCUCCGGGAACAAGAGACUCAUGGCAGAGACCUGCUGGCAGUGGAGGCAGUGCGUGGCUGUGAGACAGAUCUGAAGGAGCAGGGACAGCUCCUACACCGGGACCCCUUCACCGUCAUCUGUGGCCGAAAGAAGUGCCUUCGCCAUGUCUUUCUUUUUGAGCAUCUCCUCCUGUUCAGCAAGCUCAAGGGCUCUGAGGGGGGGUCCGAGACUUUUGUUUACAAGCAGUCCUUUAAGACUGCUGACAUGGGGCUGACAGAAAACAUUGGAGACAGUGGGCUCUGCUUCGAGUUGUGGUUUCGGCGGCGGCGUGCACGAGAGGCAUACACUCUGCAGGCAGCCUCACCAGAGAUUAAACUCAAGUGGACAAGUUCUAUUGCCCAGUUGCUGUGGAGACAGGCAGCCCACAACAAGGAGCUCCGAGUACAGCAGAUGGUAUCCAUGGGCAUUGGGAAUAAACCCUUCCUGGACAUCAAAGCCCUUGGGGAGCGGACGCUGAGUGCCCUGCUCACUGGAAGAGCCGCCCGCACCCGGGCCUCCGUGGCCGUGUCAUCUUUUGAGCAUGCCGGCCCCUCCCUUCCCGGCCUCUCGCCGGGAGCCUGCUCCCUGCCUGCCCGCGUCGAGGAGGAGGCCUGGGAUCUGGACGUCAAGCAAAUUUCCCUGGCCCCAGAAACACUUGACUCUUCUGGAGAUGUGUCCCCAGGACCAAGAAACAGCCCCAGCCUGCAAACCCCCCACCCUGGGAGCAGCACUCCCACUCUGGCCAGUGGAGGGAUCUUAGGGCUAUCCCGGCAGAGUCAUGCCCGAGCCCUGAGUGACCCCACCACGCCUCUGUGACCUGGAGAAGAUCCAGAACUUGGCUACAGCUGCUCCUCUUAGUGCAGUUUGGGCUGGGAUGGCAGUGGGACAUAGUGGAGGACUGGAAGAGCAUUGAAUUCCUUCCCUCUGCUUCCUGGACAGAGGAGGUCAAAGGACCAGCACGGUUCCCUGCUACCGCUAUCUCUAGCUCUCCCCAGCCAGGUGCCUUCCUGCCGGAACCAGAGUGGCCACACGUGCUUGCCUUCAUCCCUGGGAGGUGGGGAAAUUAUCCCUCAUUCAGUCCUUCCCCAUCCUGGGCCACUACCUACUCGCAGGACACUGCCCCGUGUCAGACUGUGUUCUCCACCUAUUCCCGGCCCCAACUCUCCCUGAGAAGACUCAUCUCUGCCAGGUCAACUGUAGUUCCUGGUGACUCCAUUCUGGGCUGUCACAGCAAACAGAGCUAUGCAAACCAUUAAAGAAGGGUGGGCGGGGAAGUGCAGACUUUAUAUAUGUAAUUACUGUUAUUCUAAUACUAUUGUUAUAUUAAAUGUAUUUACUCACA